CUUUUGUAAAUAAUCAAAGGAAAAUGGCGGCUGGGUACGUUUGGUCGUUGGUCUUAGGAUCUGUGGUCUUGUGCAACCUCGUCAAAAUGUUGUUACCGUCGAUUUCUUCCUAUCUCUUCAAAGUAUUUCAGAAGAAUGUGGAGGAUGAGAUGGAGAUGAGAGCAGAGAUUCAGGCCAUGAAGAAGGAGCUUUCAUCAAUUAACAUGAUGGAUGAGUUUGCCAGGUAUGCACGGCUGGAACGCAAAAUCAACAAAAUUACGGACAAGUUAAAGACUUAUGUUAAGUCUAGAACUGGUCAGCAGGCCAAAAUCAAAUGGGUCGUCAACAUAGUGUAUUAUAUUUUGCAGGCUGUUCUGAUGAUCUCUUUGAUCUGGAAGUACUAUGCUGACCCUGUGAUGGUACUUCCCAGUAAGUGGAUUUCACCACUAGAACGGAUGGUGGCUUUCCCAUCUGGACUGGCAGGUGGUGUUGGAAUCACAUGCUGGCUCGUUGUUUGUAACAAGGUAGUGGCUAUAAUGCUCCAAGCUGUGGGUUGACAACUUCAACACUGCCUAUGGUAAACCUUUCUCUCUAUAUAAUAAUAUAGAAAAUAAGAGAGAGGUUUACUUUCUACCGUAAAACCAAAUUAUGCAAUUUGAGGUAAUUUUGUGGUCAUUUGUUCUGGUUAACAUUAAUUGGUUUGUACAUACUCUGUACAUUGGCCUUCAUGUUUUGAUGUUCCCCAGAUUAAUUUUGGGAAAGGGACUGUUAAGCUGUCACUGUUAAGUUUUGUAUGUGCCAUAAGCAAUAUCUCAGACACCACAUGCACUCAUCUCAGAAACAGGUCAAAUUUUGACGGUUUGGGUGAAUAAUGCAUGAAACCAUUGAGACCUGGAAUUUACACAAUGAUGCUCUUUGGUCAGAAGAUGGCACUAUGAAAUGUAAAACAAGAAAGGGAUUGUUGAUCUAUCUCCAUCUGUCUGACACAUGUGAUAUUGCUGACUACACUGGCUCAUUUUAAUUAAACUUAGCUGAAAAAUGCAUCUUCCCAAUUGAUCCAACUUGACAACAAUUUCCCAGAGGAUGGCCCUAUAACAAACAAAGGAAAAUACAGAGUGAGUCAGAUCACACAGGACAUUGGGUCAGAUCAGUAUUGACCAAAAUGCAUCUUAAGCAUUAUACAUUUUCCUUAUGGCAUCUCUAUGUUUGAAUGGGGAACAUUGUGGUUUUGAGAAAUGUUUUCCUUAUUUUAAAAUAUUUUAACAGGAAGAUUGUCUUGAAUAUAAUGAUCAUCAUGUCAGAAAGAACAGCGAAUAAUUCAAUUUUGUUUUAACCCAAAUAUUCUGUAAAUCUUCAUUCUGUCUACUGUGCAUUGCAAUAUCAACAACUAACCUAUAGCUCAGGUCUAAUUCAUUGUGAUAGUCUAAUAUUUAAUUUAUUUGAAAAUAUUAUUAUUUAUUAAAAUAUAGAUAUAAUAUUCAUAUUAGACUCCAAUAUUUUGAUACAUGGGUUUAGUUUACUCCAGCAUGAGCGGGAAAACUUGGUCAAAAUCUAUAUUUAUUUGAGUCAUCAGUAAAAAAAAUUUACAACAUUAGCUUAUAGAAUAACAUUACAUUUUCUGAGCAAUGACAAUAAAGUUGCAGUCAUUGCUUAAUGCCAACAUAUAUAACACUUGACUAUGGAAAUGCCUGAUUAUAUUGCCUUUCAGUGCUCUUUUGUGGUUCAUCCAAACCUCUGUCAUUAAAAGGGUAUAAUAACAGAUAUAAUAAGUUCAAAUACCGCUUGAAGUAAUUGUUGGACUGUCUCUUUAUGUAUGCAACUCUCUUACUCAGUAGAGUUGAAUGUGCAUGAUUGAAGCCCUAAAAACUCAGAUCUUAAAGAUGAAAUCUGUAAAAUUACUGUGAAUAACUUAUGUUCUGUCCCAGUUAAAAUACAAAAUUGGGGAAACCCAAUUGAUUGUAGUACAUACAGACGGGUGAAAAAUUUAAGAAAUAACAUGAAGUCUCUCAGUAAGGUGUUCACCUUGACAUAGAUUCUGUGAGUCUUUGAUAGUUGGAAGACCAUUCUUCCAAAAUAUAUUCCCACAUUUGGUGUGUUGAUGAUGGUGGUGGAGAUCACUGUCUAACACUUUGGUCCAAAAUAUAAAAAUAGGUGUACAAUUAGGUUGAGAUCCCGUGACUGUGAAGGCUAUAGCAUAUAAUAAUAAAAAUAAUACAUAUUUAUUUAGCCCUUUUCAGGGACACCAAGACACUGUACAAUAGUGACAUGGAAACAGAAAACAAACAGAAACAAAAGAUACUAUGAGAAAACGACGAAGAUUUAGAGUGUGGGAUUUGGCGUGGCUAUGGGUAGGCGAUUUUGAACAGAUGAGUCUUGAUGCGUUGCUGGAAGAUGGGGAUAGUCUCAGAGUCACGGAUGGUUUUGGGGAGAGCGUUCCAGAGCCUAAGAGCAACCCAUGAGAAUGCCCUGUCACCAAAGCCUUUGAGCUUGGACUUGGGGAUUAUGAGGUGGCCAUUUUCAAACUCAUCAAACCAUUCAGUGACCCUUUGUGUCCUGUGGAUGGGGGAUUGCUAUCCUGUGAGAGAUCACUCCCAUCAGUGUUACCAUAGGAUAAAAAUGAUCACUCGGAGUGCCUUUGUAAUGAUUUGCACUGACCCUUCCCUCUAAACGGACAAGUGGACCCCAACCCCCACAUUGGGGGUCAACCAGGAUUUUCAACCCUAUUUACUGAUAUCUAUCCAAAUGCAGAUGUAAAUUUAGUCACUGUUCUUAUUGAAACACUUGCCAGUUGAACCGAAUUUUUGACUGAAGCUCCUGCCAUCCGUGCCCCAAAAAUGAGCCUUCUUUCAAAGUCACAAAGAUCCUUUCCUCUUCUCAACUUGAUCCAAAAUUGUGGUCAGCUGGGCCUGCUCAGCAUUUUUAUACAUGCCACAGAGCAUGGUAAUAUAUUAAUUGCAUAACUGUGUGAUGCAGUACACCUGUAUGGAUGCAUUUGCUUUCUUGAAGGGAUAGUUCAACUUAAAAUCGUAUUUGGGUGAAAUUCUGCUUAGCCUGAGUUGUUUGUGUGUCAUUUUUCUCAACAAUCAAUUUUUCACCUCUGUCCCACCUUGGAAUUAGGAUUGUUAGUGUUGUCCAAAUUCAUGAAUUGAAACCUGAGCAACCUGAACUGCAAAAGCUGAAUUGCAAGUGUAAACUAACUCCAAAACACUUCCAACUAAGACUAGUGCUGUUGUUUACCUCAAAGAACCUGUCCAUUUUAUAUUUUUCUAAAUAAGGUUUUAAUUUUUGCUAUAUAAAUCAAAUUUUCAACUAAACUAAUACUUCCUAUGUUUACCAGUCAGUUUUGUUCACAAAUGGUAUCAAUCUGCCAUUUUCUACAGGAAGGGGAAGUUUCACCUUAACUUUGUAAACAAGACUUAGCAUUCCCUAGCUACCGAUUUCAGAAUUGCAGAAUAACAGGCUGUGUGGGGUGGCUACAGUAAAUAGUUCCAUAGUGUCAGUUUAAAGUCACCAAAUUCUUCUGGCUGUUUCAUCAAUAUGUGGUCAAGAAAAUCUAUGCUAGUGUGACAGAUAAAUUAAUUUCGUUUUUUGAAGUUUCUUUUGUUUGGUUUUCCCCUUGCAAUGCAGCUUUUGUGCCUUGGGCUGCACAGUUUCAAUUUAUGAAUUUGGACAAUGCUAAUAAUGAAAUGUCUCCAGGCUGAGACAGAAUAAUUUUCCUCGAAGUUUGUCACCCGUCAUUUUAUGUGAUGAAUGUCAGUCGCAGGUUUUAAAGUUUACCUUUACCUAUAUCUCCAAAGACAGCUCAUUUGUUUGUGCAGUAAGCAUAGUAGCCAUCAUUGUAGUAUAUCAUUUGACCUUUUUUGUAAAGUGAAUACCCAGUAAGUAGCAUUUCAAUUAUGCCAAAAUAAUUGGCGCAAAACAAAUGAAUGCAUACUGAUUUGCAGUUUGGUCAUAUAAUAAUAUUUGUGCUGUUGAACUUUGUUGUUUCAAAUUAAAUUUUUCAUGUCACAGUUUAGGUCAGCUUGUUCUGUCUGUUGGGUCUGUCUGUUGAUUUAGAGCUUGGGUAAUAGCCUACUACUUGUAUCCGGGAAGAUUUCUAGAGCAUUUUAAUAUUUCCUUUUUUAUUUUUACUCAGAAUGAUGGAAUUUUGAACACAAGCUCUUUGACCCUAUUUGGGUGAAUGAUGUGUAGAGAUCAUGUACACUACCGAUCAAGCAUUUUAGAACCCCCUUCCCUUAUUUAAAUUUA